UCUGUGUUCACUGCAGCUUUGCAGUUUUAUCACCGUUAAACUAAUCCGCAAGAGAUUUUAGUCACUGUUGGUUUUCGUCAUUAAAGGAACUGCCUUUCCACGUCAAUUUAACUAACGUUACACUGGAUUUAAAGUCGUUUAUAAGCGUGUGAAAUACACCGUUAGGUUUAAAGUCGCGGAGAAUCACUUCAUGGGAAGAAAUAAAAGGACAGAGAGCAGAUUUAAUAGCAGCAGAGACUGAGGGCAUCGGCGCAGCACUAUAAACAUGGAUGACGGGCAGUAAAGAUGCCUGGGAAGAUUUAAGGCCAAAUCUGUUUCUCUUUGUGCUCGGCGCAGGAUUUUCAAGCUGUGUUUAUGUUGUUGCUUUUGAGACGUGACGUGCCCUUGUUUGAUCAGUUUGAGGGAAAAGUUUCCAGGAUGGCUCCUGGAUCGCUAGUCACAGCGGCCCCUGUGGGGCCCAACAUUUCCUGGUUUCCAGAGCUUCCUCUGCUCACACCGGAGCAGCCCAUCUUCAUCAUGACGACCACAGCUCAGGCAGUGUCUGGUUUAUUUGUGUGGACAGCACUUCUACUUACCUGCCACCAGAUCUACAUGCAUCUCCGUUACUACAGUUCUCCCAAAGAGCAGAGACAUAUAGUACGCAUCCUAUUCAUCGUCCCCAUCUAUGCCUUUGACUCCUGGCUCAGCCUACUCUUCUUUACCAACGAUCAGUACUAUGUUUACUUUGACACAGUCAGAGAUUGCUAUGAGGCAUUUGUGAUCUAUAAUUUCUUGAGCCUUUGUUAUGAAUAUCUCGGAGGUGAAAGCGCUAUAAUGGCUGAGAUCAGAGGAAAACCCAUUGAGUCGAGCUGUAUAUAUGGAACAUGUUGUCUUUGGGGCAAGACGUACUCGAUUGGCUUCCUUAGAUUCUGCAAACAGGCAACUUUACAAUUCUGUGUUGUCAAACCGCUGAUGGCUGUGAUUACAGUCAUCCUGCAGGCUUUUGGGAAAUACCGCGAUGGUGAUUUUAACGUCAACAGUGGUUAUCUGUACGUGGCCAUCAUCUAUAACAUCUCCGUCAGCCUGUCCCUCUACGCCCUCUUCCUGUUUUACUUUGCCACCCGAGAUCUCCUGAGCCCCUACCGACCAAUGCUGAAGUUCCUCAUGGUCAAAUCUGUCAUCUUCCUCUCAUUCUGGCAAGGCAUGCUGCUAGCUAUUCUGGAGAAAUGCGGUGCAAUUCCUAAGAUCAGCUCUGCUGAGGUUUCUGUCGGUGAAGGGACGGUCGCAGCUGGCUACCAGAACUUCAUCAUUUGCAUCGAGAUGUUCUUCGCCGCCUUGGCACUACGACAUGCGUUCACAUACAAAGUCUACAUGGACAAACGACUGGAUUCCCUUGGCCCUGUUCCAACAUAUGGACAGUACGGUCGCUGUGCCCCCAUGAAGAGCAUCUCCAGCAGUCUGAAGGAGACGAUGAACCCCGGAGACAUGGUUCAGGAUGCCAUCCACAAUUUCUCCCCAGCCUACCAACAGUACACCCAGCAGUCUACCCUGGAGCAGGGAGUUACCGCCCCACCGCUAUCCCGUAAUCACAGCUCCGUGAGCUCUCGAGACAAUGAGAAAACGCUCCUGUUGAGCUCUGAUGAUGAGUUUUAAUUCAAUCACCCUUUGUCCUAAGCAAAGGUACCUACUAAGGGACCGUGUAACAGCGAUGUUACGUUAACAUAGGUGCAAGUUAUUAAAGGACCAUCUUAAGCUAGUAGUUAAUGGAUAUAGUGCAGUAUAGUAUGGAUUUUAAGCUGCUUGUACUUGCUAGUUGUGACGACUUCUGCGCUUUGUACGUUUAAUGUUGUUAAAUACUACAUUCAGCUAUACUUGGAUAUUUGUAGCCAAACUUUUGAAAUCGAUGUAUUUUUUUAAAGUGUGUAGUUUUACAUAAGGGGUGUUUGAACAUCCCAACAUAUUUAUAAAGAGUGUAUUCGACUACGGCGCAGGUCCGGCGGAAAUUUGGCACAGUUACUUUCCUUUGUUUUUUGUUUGCGUUCAAGUGCACCUUUCCUUCUAAGUUUCAACAGUGUUUAUAGCUUCCCCAGUGAUUUAAAAGGAAGGUGUGGCUGCAAUGAGAGAGUACAGUGAGGGUGGAGUGACUGUCGGCUCUUUGUAACAUGCUGCUGUUGUUUUGACUGAAUCGAGGGACGGUACAAAAAGGGGUUGAUGGUCCAUAAGAUUAUAGAUUUAUAGAAAUCUGCUGUAUAUAGGCUUGGAUAGGAGUGAGCAAUGCUUAGCUGUCUGAACUAUAAGGGUGUAAUUGGGGCAUUAUUUGCCUGGUGUGAUGACACUAAGUUAGCUGAGGAAUAUAGAUUAAGGGUAUGCUCCGCUCAGGGUACGCUAGCUUGUUCCUAAAAAUGCCGUUUAUCGUUAUGUGUGUGAAUAAGUAACAACUUGAAAACAAUUUAAAAGGCACUUUUUGUGAUCGCCCCACUAGAGGGAGGCAUAUCUCACAUUUCACACAGUUACACACACACACACACACGUUGCUUAUCUUUAUCGGACACGCCUGUUAUCACUGACCCUAUGAGAGCCACACCAAAGUCUCCCAUUCUUUAGAAGCACCCGUCGUUGCAUAUUGCAUAUAUGUUAAGAUAGCACUAGGCCCUUAACAAGCUAACUUUAUGCUUGUGGUUGGUUAUAUGGUGUUUUGGUGUUACAUAUUAACUGCUGUCCUAUGCUUUUAUUGGUACUAUGUAGGCCAGUUUGAAAACAAAGCAGCUGAAACCAAGUAUGAGUUUGUAUGGUACCUGCUUAUUAGUGUGCUAUAGUUUUACAGUUUAUUCUUUCUUAAAAAAGAAUUUCUUUUUAAUAUAGAUGUUAUUGCACUAAGCAGAUUUUGUAUAUUUAGGUGAAAUCCAAAUAUUCUAGUACAGUAUAUAUUUUGGCAAGCGAUAUAUGUAUUUUCUUAUGUUAUUCAGAGUUGAGGCUUAAGUGAUAAUUAAAGGCAUAGAAAGUCCUGUUACGUUUGAACUACAAUAUUUUGUGGAAACCGAUUUUGUAGUAACACUAAGAAAAGUCUAUAUUUUCUUUGUACCGUCAUGUUAUUUUAAACAGAGCAUUAUGUAUUACAAUGUCAAUUACGGUUCUUUUUUUCCCUUUGAUGCUCUGACAAAUAUCUAUGAAACAAUAAAUAAUUCUGUAUGUAUAUUUUGUCUUAAAUUUAUGCAUUUGGCAGACGCUUUUAUCCAAAGCGACUUAUAGAGCCGUAUAUAAGGUAUGGGUGAUUCUCGCGAAAUUAGACUUAUGAGGUGUCAUGACACAUUUUGAUAAAAGAAGUAAAGGCAAAGUAAGAGUAUCAAAGUAAGAAGCAUACAGUUAUAUACAUCUCUUCUUUGUUUUUAAAUGCCCAAUUUUUUUUCCACAUUUAAGGGGGAAAUUGUCAUUACCGCAACGUGUCCAUGACUGGAUUUGGGUUCUUUUACAUGGAAAUAUUUAUAAUUAAAAAAUAAAAAGCUUCAGUGCAUGUAAUACUAUAAACAUUUACAGUAAAGAAACAUGUGGUAUUUGGUGAUCAUUGGUUAAUGUAGAGACAAUAAUAAGGAAUAUAAUUGUGUCCAAGAAAAAUUUCUCCUCCUCUGCAACAAUUUUCAAUCAUUGGUUAAGGCCUCAAGGAACUAACAUUUAAAAAUAAAAAAAUUGUUGGAAGGGACAUUAUUGACUGUGACACUCAAGAUGGCUACCAGGUAAGCAUUUCUUAAUUUUUCUCUCCAGAUAAAAGUUGAAAUUUUGUUUGUUAUAGUACCUACAACUUUUUAGUUCUCAUUACCGAAACAUGAGUUUGUAAAUGAAUAUAUUUAAUGUAAUGUUGCGGUAAUGAGAAUUUUUGAUAAUGAUAAUCUAAAAAAUGUAAAUAAUUCUAUAGGAAAUAUUUUUAAAUCCUCUAAAAAUAAUGGUUAUAGUAAGUUUAGACCUUAAUCUUAUAUGUGCAAAAAAUAAAUAAAAAAUUGGCUUCAAGGGCUUUUUAAAAAAA